AUGCGUUUUACAGCCUUCCAAAUUAUUCCCGAAUUGCCAAGAGGAAGUACAGACAUUAUACCACCAUCAACUGUAGGUAACAGUGCGUUUAACAACCUUCCUCUUUUUGUUGAUAUCUAUCUAUCUAUCUAUCUAUCUAUCUAUCUAUCUAUCUAUCUAUCUAUGUGUUUCAAAUUUUUGUUUCUAUCUAUCUAUCUCAUCUGUAUGUAUGUAUCUAUCUAUCUCAGUUUGUUCAUAUCUAUCUGUCUAUCAAUCUGUCAAUCUGUUCAUACGUAUGUAUCUAUCUAUCUAUCUAUUUAUCUCAGUUUGUUCAUAUCUAUCUAUCUAUCUAUCUAUCUAUCUAUUCAUUUAUAUAUUAAUUUAUUCAAUGUUAUCUAUCUAUCUAUCUAUCUAUCUAUUUAUCCAUCCACAGUAAAAUUUAUUUAUAAUGAAUUCUUCUAUCUCCUAUCCUCUAUCUAUCUAUCAUCUAUCAUUGUUAUUCAUACUGUCAUCAUAUCAUGUUAUAUCGAGAGUUUCCUUGAAACAGUGAAAAUUGUUUUUUAA